CUUUCACCACUGCUGUUUGGGAAAGAAAAGUGCACUAUGUACGAGAGCUAUCUUAAUGAUUAUGACAUUACCAUCGGUGAUCCAAUGAAUGCCUCAAGCUUUAACUCAAGGAGAAGAGGCGUGUUAGUAGAGGCAGACGGCGGCACAUGUGUUUUGUAAUCACUACUGGCUGACGGAGAGUAGUGUGAGGGCAGGAAGAGUUAGUCUACGUUUUCACAUGCAAUUGGCAAUAUGACAACCGAUUUGGAGCAAGAGACUCGGAUACGAUACCGCCGAACCAAAAGUGUAUCUCGUGCAGAAGAUCUACAGAAGGAAGAGGCCCGUGUUAGAAGUUCACAACCAGAUAAACCAUGCCACAAACCACGAGAUUCGCUGUUUUCAUGGUCAUCUGGGUUCGACAACUUCACCGGGUUUGUCAACUGGGGCUUCCUCCUUCUCACAAUGGGUGGAAUAAGGCUCCUCUUAGAAAACUUCAUCAAGUAUGGUAUCCGCGUGGAUCCUGAGCAGUGGCUUAUUGUUUUGACAGGUCGUCAUGAGGGAGGUGCUGAUCACCCUUCUGUAGUACUCGUAAUGUAUUCUGUGGUUCCUGUUGUGCUGUGUCUUCUAAUAGAAAAAGGCCUAUCUGUUGAAAUAAUUGGCUACAUUCCUGGUAUGAUAGCCCAUAUUGUCAAUCUGCUGGUGUUGGUGAUGAUUCCAAUGGUGGUGAUUCAUAUCAAGUCAUCAGGCUUCAGUUUAAUUGGUGCUACGUCAGUAUGCAUGACAUAUUCCAUCCUCUUCUUAAAAUUGUGGUCCUACAUUCAAGUGAACCUAUGGUGCCGGAACAGGCGACAGAGCAUGGCCAAGCCACAUCUUAGAAGACAGAGUCUUUCCUUUCAUCACAAGAGUAUAUCAGAUGAUGUUACAAAUGGAUCAGUAGACCAUGAAGAAAAGAAAACUGAAGCUAGUUUAGUCCAUUAUCCAGAUAAUCUGAAUCUAAAGGAUAUUUUCUACUAUAUGCUUGCACCUACUCUGUGCUAUGAAUUGAACUUCCCUAGAACAAACAGGAUUCGUAAGAGGUUUCUGGCAAAGAGAAUUGUAGAAGUGGUAGUUGGAUUUCAAGUGGUGAUGUGCCUAUUUCAACAGUGGAUUAUUCCAUCAGUGAAAAAUUCACUUAUACCAUUUUCGAAUAUGGAUGUAGCAAAAGCAACAGAAAGACUACUGAAGCUUGCUAUACCGAACCAUUUAGUUUGGUUAAUCUUUUUUUAUUUGAUGUUCCACUCGUUUUUAAACUUAGUUGGUGAGAUGUUGCAUUUUGCUGAUCGAAACUUCUACUGUGAUUGGUGGAAUGCCAAUAAUAUUGAUAAGUUCUGGAGAUCAUGGAACAUGCCUGUUCAUCGUUGGGCUGUAAGGCAUUUAUAUAUACCACUAGUUGAGAUGGGUUAUUCCAGGACUGCAGCGAGUGUUGCUGUUUUCUUUGUCAGUGCAUUUUUUCAUGAAUACCUUGUCAGUGUACCUCUUAGAACAUUCAAAACAUGGGCAUUCAUGGGAAUGAUGGGACAGGUUCCACUCUCAAUUUUUAGCAAAUUUAUGGAGAAGCGGUACGGGCCUCGUUGGGGCAACAUUGUGGUGUGGGCCUCUCUUAUACUUGGCCAACCUCUAUGCAUUAUGAUGUAUUACCAUGACUAUGUCAUCACGCACAUAGGGGAAGAUUUGAUAGAUCGAUAUGGUCAUGUCUGAACAAAUGCACACCAAGUACUUAGGAUUAUUCUGUAGAAAUUUGAGACUUAUUAGUGAUACUCAUCAUUUUUUCUGGUCUUAACAUAAAUUUGUAAUGAUUUUAAAAUUAAUAUUUUGAUGGUAUUAGAGUUGAUAACUGCAUAUUAUUUAUCAUAGUGGCUUCCAUCUUAUGAAUAAUAAAUUCAUUAGUAAAUUUUAUACUGCUGUGGUAUACUUGUUGCUUCAUGAUAGAGUGUUGUGAUAGGCAGAAGCUCUCUGACACACCACAGUAAGUCUGGAGGAGUAUUGUUUAAUAUUACAUUCCUUUUCAAAGAUGUGGAGCAGCCUGAUAUGGUUUAUCACAUACAUCAUCACAAAUUUCUGAUAUUUGUUUGUUAACGUUCCUAUGAUUGGUAAACAUGUACAUUAUGCAAGGAAUGAACUAUUUCAAUGACAGAAGACUUAGUGUGUGCCUACUUAAGGAAAUAAAUGCAUAAUAUUUAUAGUAAUUGGAAGGCAGAAUGUAUGUCUGUUGAUCAACUUUUAAAUAUUCUGAGGCUUCUUAUAGUUUGCCAGGAUGUGUGAUGCCUUCACAUGUAUGAUUAAAGCAGUCCUCAUUUUGAAUUGCUUGUAAUACAGUGUUCUGACUGCCUUUCUGGUUUGUGUUAUGAAUUGACAGUAAUCUUGCAUUUAUGAUAAUUAUCUAAAAUAUGGUAUGUUAAGUUGUAUUUAUAACUGUCAUGUUUCAAUUUAUAUACUGUAAUAUGUAUUUGAGUACAGUUGUUGCUAGUUAUUAGUAGUUACCAGUUUCAGAAGAUGGUUCAUUAUACUUAAUGAUAGCUGAAUUUGUAGAGUAAAUGAAAUGGAUAUACUGUUAAAAUCACAUUUUGCUAAAGAAGGUUCUGAAUUUGUGUUUUCAUAAUUUUUGCUAGAGAAGGCAUUCUUUGUUCUAAUUGUAUUAGCCCUUUAGGCCCAAAUGAAAUGGAAACUAACAGUUAUGAAGAUGCUGAUUUGCUACAGCUCUUAUAAUUCUCAACCACAUGAAUAUCUGGAAGAAACCUGUAUCCUAACUAUUUGAUACAGAGACAUGAACAAAAAUCAGUGUCAGAGGACAUACAUCAUGUAACCAAUAUAUAUGAAAAUUAUAAUUGGUUCGUGCAGAGUGUAAGUAACAAGAAUUAGUGCUCAGUUCAGAAGGUAGUAAAACUUUCCAUUCUUUCUGACCUGAUAUUCUUUUGUACAGUAAUUACUAAGAAAAACAUUGUACGUACAUAAGUAUAGUUUCCAAUAUAUUUCAGCCUUUUUUCAUAUGUAGGUUGUUUUACACCCCAGAACUGUACAUGCCACAAAAAAUUCACCAUCAUCACAAGUUGCUUUGCCCAUAGGCCAUGUUCCUACUGGCUGUGGGAAGGUCAGUGUGCUGUGCAACGUUCAUGUAGACAGCAUGGUGGGAAUGUACAGAGAAAUGUACACUGACAACACAGGGGCAAUGGCAUACCAUAAAGAUUGUACAAAAUUAUUACAGCAGCCCACAGUAAGUCCAUGUGACAGAUUCACUACUGGUUGUAUGCAUACAUUAAAAUGUUUUGGUGUGAAGCAUGGUACACAUCAUCAGAUUUGUGAGGUAGAAAGAAAGCUUUGUCAGUUUGCAGGUCCUACUCAUACCACAGCUGAUGGGCAUCCAUAUAACCAGGGCUGCAAUAAGCUAGGGCACUCCAGGGUGGCACCUUGGCAUUUCUUUAAAACACACUAGUGUGACACAAUCUUAUUGUUUGUUUAAUUUCCGGCGUUUGUUGUUGGAGUAUCAGUUUCUGUAAGUGGUGCUUUGUACGAGCUGUUUGUCAUUCAGUUCUGCAUUUAAAUUGUAAACCUAUCAUUAGGUAUUUAGAAUGGCUUCAUGUCAUGAUUUAUACCCAAUUGUUUGAACCUGGAACUGCAUUCUGGACUCCUGUGCACGUUUAUUAUCAUGACAUCUCUGCACAUAGCGCAUAUGGGUGAUGUAGUAGUCUUUGGUGAUCAGGAAUUUCAUAGUAUUCCCAAAUGUCUCUGAAGUUUCCUUCUGUUGGUGGGGCAUAAAUGUUGGUCAGUACUUAGAUCUUAUUUGCCCUUCCAUCACACACCCCUUAGGUUCUCUCAUACCUGGGACACUCACCUUUCAUCAUCUUCAGGUGGUUUUGUGUGUGUGUAUGUGUGUGUGGACUGUAUGACAAUUUAUUCUCCUUUUAUAGAUGUCAUCAGAUGAAGGUGGUGAGGAGAAAUAAUUGUUCAUAUACAAUUUAUAGUACAGUUCUUCCAUUUUUUUUACAAGUUGCUGUGUUGUGCCAUAGGUGUGGCAUCAAUAGUGGUAAGCUCUAGUGUCUACUGAGAUACACAUAUUGAAAGUACAACUCAGUUUGUAGAGCUUCAUUCCUGAGCACCUAUGUAACUGAUAUCCUGCCUGAGGACAACUUUCCCUUUGAAGGAGACAUUGACAUUGAAAAAUGUAUUCUGUGUUGGUACACUUCUGAAAAUCUGAAAUUCAGAAUAUCACCUACUUUUCUGUUUCCAGAAUCAGUUCUUUUUUGGAGAAUUCUUAUCAUUUAUAUGAAAUGUAAAUAUUUUAGAAUAUACAAGAAAAUGAUACACCCAAUUAUUUGAGGAAACUUUGAAUGAUCUGUUCGUGGUCUGUUCAUCCUUGGAUCAGUAGUCCUAAAUGGCGUCUUUAGUCAUGACCCAUCCAGAUAUCAAAGGCCAGGAAGCAGCAGUUCUGCAUCUUCACAUCAUGUGUGCCAGAGGCACUGGAUCUGUCCUGAGGGUUAGGUCUUGCUGAAACAGGAGUUCAUGUCCUCUAUAAUUAUAGGGAAUUUGGGUUCAAGAAACAUCAUGAAAGAACUGAGUAACUGUGAAUUUUCAUUUAAAUAUAAUACAGCUCUUUUAAUCAUUUUGUUCUCAUGCAAACUUAUUUGCACAUGCUUUAUCAGUGAAGACUUUGGCUCCCCAUUGCAGUUUGUUACUCUCUCACUUGGCUGUCUUAAUAAUGUAAUGUGUCUACAAUUAGCUUUUCUUCAGAAUCUGUAUUAGGCUUCAAUUCUUCUGUUAUACCAGAUUCUUCCAACUUAUCAAUAUGAAGAUGUUUACAUGCUGUUUGUGAACUUGAAAGCAACUAUCGGCAAGUUGCAACACUGACCACUCACCAUUGCUGAUAAUUUAUACUAUUCAUUGUACUUUCUUCAUAUGAAAGCUCACAGUUGGCGUUGCUGGUUGGAGGUUGUAGUGACAUUGAACUUGUGAGGAUGACUGAAAUAUUGAAGUUGAACACAACCUGCCAUGAAUCACUCCAGCAAAGGGAGACAUUAUCUUGUGUUAUGUGCCAGUUGGAGGAUAAUUACACAUGAUCAUCAGUUCUAAGAACAAAAGCCAUCAGGUUUCUAAAUAACAUCUGGCUGGAAGCAGGGCAGUGAGACCUUGACCAUAAGGAACUUGAGACAAAGCAGACCUAGAGUGUAUAACAGGAAGCUGAUCAAUGAUCUUGCAGAACUGCAGCUUACAUUACACAGAUAAUAUUGGAAAGCAUUUGAACCAGCAUUCUCAGGAUUAAAUUAACUUUUAGUGUAGUAACUAUUUGGACUCAGAGGGUUAAGCUGUUCAUAUUUAUAUAUUCAUGAUUUUAUAUAAUAUAAUUUUGUCUUUAAAUGAAAACUCUUAUAGAUUUCUCAUAGUUAUAUACACAUUUGUUGCCAGGAUAUUACCUAAACCUAGGCCACCACUGCUUCCUUCCGUCUCAUCGUCUGUUGACAUCUGCUCCACUCAUUCAGCACUAUAUAGUUUGCAUUACUGAUAACAUCAUCAAAUAAAUUUCAAACAUACAAACACAUUUAUACCUCAGAAUUGCUAAAAUUAUUUUUCUUGCUUUGUCCAUCAUCCGGUAUUCUAAGAAAACUAGAGCACGCAAUGUUUCAGAAACAGAUCUCUUUCCGUCUUCCCCUCUUAUACACCAUCGUCAGAACCCUUUAGAAUCUACAUUUGUACCUGUUUCUUUGUAGUAGGAAAUUCUGAUUAAAGACAGUGUUUAGCAGUGUGAUGGAUUUUUAAUUUAUGAGAAUAUUGGCUUUUGAAAGCUCUGAAAAUGCAGGAAUCGUAUUUUCUAUGUGAAAAGAAACUGCAAAGUGGAGGAGGAAUCAAUUUCAGUUCUCUAACAGUGUGCAUUGUGAGAACUGUGCAAAGUUACCUGGGAUACAGUGACAUUUUUGCUGUAUUACUGUUAUAAAAGUUGUCAAAUUACUUAUAUCAUUCAAAUGAAAAGUCUGAAGUGGCAUAUAUAUAUAUAUGUGUGUGUAGCAUAGGUAUUCAAGGAGGAACGCUUAAAAAGCAGGUUGAGGUUUCGAACAGCACGUGUAGUUGAGAUCAGUGAAAGCUUCAUGGGCAGAAUGUAUGAAAUUUAAUUAUCUUUUGUGGUAAGUGGUUUACACCCCUUCUGUAAGUAAAAGAAGAGGAGUAUUUGGGAUUUGGUAUGUUAGGUUGCUAGUUCAUGAAGGGUGUUAGUAUUCAGUCUUGUUAUAUUUUAGCAUUGUAAUGAAUUUAAAUACUUUAUAGUAGGAUUCAAAUGUAAUGACAGAUGGGUGAUAAUUUGUCUUACUGAGAGAGAAAAGCUACAGUCUUAUGAUAUUGAGAAAUCUUCUGGUUGAAUUUGAUUGUCAUGCAUUGAAAUUCAGUGAAACCUGAUUUGCAGAGGCCAGUUAUUCUAUUGCUUGAAGUUGCUUGAGCCACUAUGCUACAAGCCAAAAGUUCAUGGGUUUGAUUCCUGAUGAGGUCAUUGGACUUUUCAAUUGGCCUA